AUGGCAGAAGGAGACCAAAAGCAACGAGAGAUAAAAAAUGCACCUAGCUUUUUAAGAGCAAACAUCUGGGAACAUUUUGGCUUUUAUGAACAAAGUGGGAAGCACGAAUUGGACAAGUCAUACGCUGUGUGUAAAAUCUGUCACACAAAAAUUAAAUAUCUAGGGAAUACUACUAAUCUGAGAAACCACGUUAGCCGUUUCCACUCUGAAAUACUUAAACCUGCCACCACCACCACCAAGGCAUUGGACCCAGAGCAGCCAAAAAUUGAUGCAAUGUUACAGUCAACCUUGCCGCCUAACUCUGAAAAGGUGAAGAGAAUAACAAAAGCUGUGGCAACUUUCAUAGCGAAGGACCUGCGCCCUUACUCUGUUGUGGAAAACACUGGGUUUCGGUACCUUUUGAAGACGAUAGAGCCGCGUUACAAAAUCCCGUCACGAAGUUACUUCACAGAAAACGUCAUACCUGCACUCUACCACGAAACCAAAGCUCAGAUAAUUGCAUCAAUGAGCCAAGCAACUCGAGUCGCAAUAACGUGUGAUUCCUGGACUUCUGUCACGACAGAGUCUUAUGUUACAAUAACAGCACAUUACAUUAGUAAGGACUGGCAGAUUUUGUCGCAUGUACUGCAAACAAGAGCCAUUUAUGAAUCUCACACGGGUGCUCAUCUGGCAGAGCUACUGUCUCAUGUUGUGGAAGAAUGGCAGCUGUCCGAUAAAUCUGUAGUGCUUGUGACCGACAACGCGUCAAACAUGAUAGUUGCAGCUCAAGUUGGAAAAUUCCCUCAUGUGAAAUGCUUCGCCCACACACUGAAUCUUGCAUCCCAGCGAGCGUUGAAAGUGGCCACACUCUCUAGGCUUCUUGGCAGAGUGCGACGGAUAUCCACAUUCUUUCACCGCAGCACUAGAGCAAGCCACUGUCUAAAAGAGAAACAGAAAUGUCUUGGCUUGAAGAAUCAUAAGCUGAUAACUGAUGUGGCAACAAGAUGGAACAGUGCAUACGACAUGGUCGAGAGGUUCUUGGAACAACAACCUGCAGUCUGUGCCACCUUGCUGUCUCCAGAAGUCAGAAGAGGAGAGUCCGAUCUCUGCACUCUAAACGAAACAGAUGUGUCAAAUGCAGAGGACGCCGUGAGUGCAUUAAAGCCAAUGAAGGAUGCAACCAUGCUGAUGUCAGAAGAGCGCAAUCCAACAGUUUCUCUCAUUGCCCCUAUAAAUGCACAACUUCUCCAGAGCAUGACAGACACGAUGGGAGACACACCCAUGAUCCAUGAGAUCAAGAAUUCUAUUAGAACAGAUCUCCAGAAGAGGUACAGCAGUGAGGCCGAGAAGAAGAUCCUUCAUACAGCCUCUGCACUGGAUCCUCGCUUUAAGGGACUGCCUUUCAUCCUCACAGAUGAAGAAAGAUUGGAGAUAUUUAAAGGAGUCACUGAGGAAGCUGCAUCCUUGGAGAUUACAUCAGAUGAGAGUGAGAGGACACAAGAGGAUCAUCAAGUGCCUAGAAGAAAACGAACUCUGGAAGAAGAGGACAGUUCACCCAUCGAAGACAACCAUUCUCCAUCUCCACCAUCUCCUCCCAAAAAGGCCAGAUCGCUGCUCGUGAGUUUGCUGGGACAGUCUUUCACUGACACUGAAGGUACAAUAGAACCCAAAAAGACCCCCUAUGCCAAGGCUGAAGAGGAAAUGGAAAACUAUUGUAAAGCCCCACCUCUGCCUCUCACUGAGGACCCUUUGAACUGGUGGCGUGAGCAUGAGGUCAUAUUUCCCCUCCUUUCUCGGCUGUCAAAGCAAUACUUGUGUAUCCCAGGUACAAGCGUGUCUGCAGAGCGGGUUUUCUCCACUGCAGGAGAUGUGGUAACUGCAAAAAGAAGCGCCCUCAAACCAGACCAUGUAGAUCAAUUGGUGUUCUUACAGAAAAAUCUACAUGUUCCCAAAUGCUGAGCAGUGUUUUUAAUUUUAUAGAUUUUGUUUAUAGCAUUGUCUCUGCCACUGAAAUUUUUUAUUUCUCUGUCUCCCCU